UUAGCACUCGGAGUGAUCCAUUUCACUUCCAUCAUUUGUGUUUCAAAUAAAUCGCGAAGCAAAAUUUAAGCUGCUCUAAGGAGCUCACUGGCAGCUCAGUACCUUGCCCUGCAAAGGGAGGACCGCCCUGUCCCCGGAGCCCCAUCCAGCUCCUGCAGCCAGACACACACGGAAUGUGCGUCAGCAUCAGGAACGCUGACAAGUGAGGUACCAGUAUCAACAGCACCUUCAAUUCCCACAACAUCUGACCACCCUGGGCUGAAGGCACAUGACAUCUACUGGAAACCAGAGAAAAUGGAAUAAUCAAAACAGACAAGGUAUUUGAAGUAAUGCUGGCUACAGACCGUUGCCACUAUGCAAAAUACAACCCUUACAUGGACUCUCCACAGUCUAUAGGUUUCCAGGCAACAAUCAGUGCUCCACAUAUGCAUGCAUAUGCACUUGAACUUCUGUCUGAUCAGUUACACGAAGGAGCCAAAGCACUUGAUGUAGGAUCUGGAAGUGGAAUUCUUACAGCAUGCUUUUCGCGAAUGGUUGGUCCCAAAGGACAAGUUGUAGGAAUUGAUCAUAUCAAAGAACUAGUAGAUGACUCAAUAAAUAAUGUCAAAAAAGACGAUCCCACAUUGCUGUCUUCAGGAAGAGUGAAACUGAUUGUGGGAGAUGGACGGAUGGGAUAUGCAGAAGAAGCUCCCUAUGAUGCCAUUCAUGUUGGAGCUGCAGCCCCGGUUGUGCCCCAAGCACUUAUAGACCAGUUAAAACCUGGCGGAAGAUUGAUAUUACCAGUUGGCCCUGCUGGGGGAAACCAGAUGCUCGAACAGUAUGACAAACUAGAAGAUGGCAGUGUCAAAAUGAAGCCUCUGAUGGGAGUGAUAUAUGUGCCUUUAACAGAUAAAGAGAAGCAGUGGUCCAGGGAUGAAUUGUAAAAGCUACAUCAUCUUGACCCAAACAUAGUGUUACAGUGGACUGCUCAUCUCCAGUUCUAAAAGCUUUUUGAAAACCAACAGCAUUGCAGCUUGUUUUGGACUUCGUUAUACUGUUGUUAUCAGCAUGGAAAAGCGUGGUGUUUAUUUUAUUUUUUUAGAUGCUCAAGGCAAAUCUGAUAAAGAAAUGGUGGAAAGUUUUAUGUGGGCACUGUUUUAUUUAACAUGCCUUUAUUUCACUUUCAUCUGUUCAAAGUGAAUUUCUGCAAAACUGCAGAUAAAGACCUGUAGCUUGUGAACUCUGAUUUUGAUGGGAGAACUUGAACACUCACUUCUCUCAGCUCCUGUGUCCCUUGGUAAAACUGCUUCUGUGCACCUUCCGACACUACGUAGGUAAUACCUGGUUUUCUGUGUUCCAACGUCUGCUAGAUGCUACUAAAAGGAGACAAACUUCCUUUCUAAGCUUUUGACAUGGUGUCAUAGACUAGCAUGCAGUAGAUACAAUCAGCUGCUUUUUUACCUUAAAACCAGGCAUUUGUAUAUAUUAAAUUUCCAGACAUCAGAGGUGGGUGGCUGCUCUUAUCAAACAUGGCUGUUCAAGCUGGACGUAACAGGCUUGGUUUUCCCUUUCCUUCUAAAAUUGAUCAAUGUAAUCUUGAAAUUCUGUUGUGGUUCAUAGCUCAGUGUGAUACACAUGGAUCUAAUUCCAUAAAUGUGAGGUGAGGUGUGUUCCGAUCACUGGACAAUUUACGCAAUGCUGCUUUGCCAAAUAAAGUAAAAGCAAAAGCGGGGGGUUCUGCUUGUGUGGAAGAUAAGGAUGGGUAAGUAGCCUGAGAUACGGAUUGCUAGGUUCUUUAUUAAAAACUAAAACCCCCUUUGGUUCUAAAAGAAAGUUGCUUUUGGCAAAGCCAUUUGCUGUAUUAACAUUUUUAUUUUUAUAACUGUGGGCACCCAGGAAAAAUUCUGGCUUUUUAGAAAGUGAAUUCUAAAUUGCUGUAAAAGGAACACAUCCUGCAUGCAGAAAGAAUCCUGGACUCCUAAGUACAGGUAGAUGGACUUGUUCAGUUUUCAUAUAGAAUAGUUGGAAGGCUAUAAACCUUUUUUUCUGCCCUAAAUUUUCUGGUUUGGACUGUAAAAUGUCAACAGCAAAUUGCGAAGCAGUACAGUAAGGUGGGCUGCUUUGGGAAAGGGGCGAAGUGUGUCUUCAGUCAUCCUGCUCAUAUUUGAGCAACCAGGAAUUAAAAUAAACAGCGUAUUAUCUUUAUUAUUAUUAUAGGAAGGAUUAUAGAAUAAAACAACCCAUAGUGAUCACUGGGGAAAAAAAAACCAAACAGAACAACCUCCUAUGGUGGAAGAGCAAUAAUUUUGUGAUAGGAUUAAUCAAUGGAAGCAUAAAGGUUAAAAUUCAAAGGCCUCUGAAUAUAAGAAAGGAACUUUUUAAAUAAUCUGCCUUUUGAAGGCCAGCCCCAUUUUGUCCCUCUGUAAAAGAUACUAUAUGACUUAAUUUAUUUAGAUAUUUGGAAGUUAAUGUACCACCUCCUGAUUUGACUGUAGCCUGGGAGCACAUGCACAAGAUAACUCUUCUAAAGAAAGUAAUAUAGCGUGUAUUCUAGAAAAUACAAUCCAGAAAAAUCCACUUGCUUCUGACAAAUUUGUACUAACCCACAAUCAACUGUGACUCUAGUUCUUGGUGUUGAAGUGAAAUAUCUUAACUGAUGCAUGCUAACGUUCAACCUUUUGGUCGCUGUAUCUUUCAGUUUGAGUUCAGCUUUAUUUACAUCUUCUCACUAAUUUAAUACGUUAAAUGAAAAAUAUGAGCUCAACUGUACCCAAAUUCCUGUCUCUGGACACAGUGUAAUAAGCUAGCCUGACUUGGAAGUGGUGUUAAAGCUGAGACCCGUUGACAGCUUUCUGCAGGAGAACCACUUCAGGAGGUCUAAGGCUUCAGGGACCAAGGCUGGUGAGAAUAGUGCACCCAUUCCACUGAAGGGGUCGAUGAUAGUCAAAGUACUCGGACAGAAAGGAACAUCCAGGAGGAGCAUUUAGGAGUCGAAAAUGGAAACUUCUCCAUGAUGGAGCAAUGGUUCUGAAGUAAAAACUUGGAGACAAGGACAAGUUGAAAUGCAGAAGUCUUGAAGAGCUUGAAUAAAUGCUGUGUGAACUGUCUGAACUGCUACUUUGCCAAAUAAAACAAAUUGAGAGGAAGCUGUA